AAAACAAUAAUAAUCAUGAAGAUAUCUGAAACAUUUUUAUUGUUUGUUAACAAACAAUUAAUGGUAGUGCGUUUCCAUUGGAAAUUAUUGUGUGUGAUAGUGGUAGCUUUGUUUGGUUUACAAUAUGUGGUGCUGUAUUUUUCGCAUCAACCAAUUAAUGAACUGACUCAGUACUAUGAUCCCGAAAACCCAGAUAUUUUGAAUAAUGGCUGCUUAUUUGACGUGGAAGUAGGUCAUAAACAAACAUUUUACGCACCAGACACUCCCGAAGUUGUGGCAUUUAUGGAAGAAAUAUGUAAUAGUGAUUUAAAUAUACAAACAUUUUCUCAUCGUGAAACUAUGAUGAAAACUAUUGAGGAAUGUAAGGAGAGAUGUGAGGGAGUCUACUUUGAAUUGCCGAAAGUGGAUGAAAAAACUCUGAAGUAUACAAUUUAUACAAAUCGUAUGAAAUUACGUACCGACCAGCGAUAUGUUACAGAUAGUUUGGACACAUCAUUUAGUCAAUCUCGAGAUUUUAAGGACUUCAUUAGACUACAACAUUCCAUUGACAUGAACUAUAUAGCACAAGAGACAAAUAUAUCACCAGACAUAACAGUUGAAAUUGGAGCAAUGCCCUUUAUGCGAGGCGGUUUCUUUCAAAAUGAAUCUGGCAUACAAUUCGGUAUACUUUUUCCCCUAUUUUUUUUCAUACUACUGGAAAGUACAUUUUUGGUACCAUUAGUCGAAGAGAAGCAAGAUGGUUUAAAGGAAUUUCUUGUUAUUGCUUCGCCUAUGUCGUAUCUUAAUGGCGUAUCUUUCUAUGUUGUACGUUUAAUUAUGUAUUUGGUAUAUGCUAUAGCUGUUUUAAUUGUGGCUGGUGUUUAUAAUGCUUUGGGCAUUGUACCACCAAUAUAUGCAUUCAUAUUGGUAUUUCUCUUCAUAUUGGCCAGUAUGUCAUACACAUAUUUGAUAUCAGUAUUUUUUAAUUCGGUGUUUUAUGCCAAAAAUUGCGGUUACCUAUUAAUAGUGCCGCCAUUUAUAUUCGCCUAUAUAGAGGGUGCAAUACAAAAACUGUGUAUACGCAUAUUCAGCUUAAAUGCUUUUAUAGAUGCUUGGUAUAGCUUUCAAAUAUUUGGCAAUAAGUAUGAUAAAUUUAAAUUUUCCCAUAUAUUUGAACAUUUGACGGAUUGUUCAUUUAGCAUAUUUCAAAUAUAUUUUAUACUCAUUAUGCAAUGCAUAGUAUAUUCCAUACUAUAUUUAUAUCUCAGCAAUAUACUGCCGGGACCUGGGGGUAUAAAGAAACCCUAUUUGUUUUUCAUACAGCCCGACUUUUGGAAAAAACAGGAAUGUAAUGAAAUGGAAUGUUCUAAUGAUAACACUGCAGAUGCUAUCAUUGUACAAGAUUUGGAAAAACAAUUCAAAACAUCUGGACGUAACAUCUUAAUAGCAGAUCGUUUAAAUAUGGUAAUAAAAAACAGACAAAUUACCGUUCUAUUGGGACAUAAUGGAGCUGGUAAAACUACCACAAUUAAUAUGAUAAUGGGUAUGAUACCUAAAGAUAGUGGCAAAAUUGUGGUCUGCAGUGAACGUGAUGCUUCUUGUUAUAGACAUUUAAUAGGAUUUUGCCCGCAACACAGUAUUUAUAUGCAGUAUAUGACGUGUAAACAACAUUUGGUAUUUUUCGCUAAGCUAAGAGGUUUGACCCAUCAGGAGGCCAAUACUUUGGCAAAGAAGUUAUUGCAACAACUAAAUUUAACGGACAAAGCCAAUGAAUAUGGUAAAAAUUUAUCAGGCGGCAUGCAACGUCGCUUAUCACUGGGCAUCGCCAUAGCGGGAGAUACAAAAAUUGUUAUUUUGGACGAACCUUCAUCCGGCUUAGACAUUGAAUCGCGACGUGAACUAUGGGACAUUCUUUUGGAAUUGCGAAAAAGCAAGGCAAUAUUGAUUACCACCCAUCAUAUGGAAGAAGCUGAAGUUUUAGGUGAUACCAUAAGUAUACUAUCGAAUGGACGUUUACAAUUGACUGGCUCGCCCUUGGAACUGAAACAUAAAAUUGGCAGUGGCUACAUACUUAAGCUAUGUACCAAUCCAAGUCAAUUUAAUACAGAUGAGUGUUUAGAGUUGAUUAGAGAACAUGUACCAUUGGCAAGUGUUAUGAAUGUUGUACCACCUACUGUAUCCAUAAGUUUGCCCUAUGAAUAUAAAGAAAAUUAUUCAAAAAUGUUGGCCAUCUUGGAGAGACAACAUAUACAAUUGGGUAUAAACACUGUCUCGGUUACCGAUACAACUUUGGAGGAUGUAUUUUUAAAUUCUGUACCCAAAGUGGAAACACACGAUGAAGUUGAUGGUUCUAUUAACUGCCACGCUGAUGCCAAUAUAAGAGUACCAUAUCAACGUUUGGAUACAUUGAAGAAUAUUGAUUUGAUUCAACAAUUUCUAGCUAUUGCCUAUAAAAAGCUUUUGUUUAUGAAAAAUGAAUGGUUUUUAGCAAUAUUUUUGAUUUCUAUACCAUUUUUUAUGACUACAAUUGCCAUCAUGACCAUACAUUUCUCGACUAUUAUGAAACUUGGUAACGGACUUCAAUUAUCUUUGAACCAUUAUAAAAAUGGCAUUGUUUACCUUAAUGUACCUGAUGAAUCCUCCGCAAAUGUUUUACGAUUUUCUCAAAUUGUUCAACAACAAAUAGAAACUUAUCCUGGCUUGAAAGUAGAAAAAUUAUCAUUAAAUUAUAAUUCUACCAGCAUCGAAGAUGAAUUAAUUGAAAUUAUGAAUAAAGAUUUUCAUAAUUUUCAACAAAAUGUGUUGGGUACUCUACAAAUCUCGGGCGAAAAUCGACCAACCGUAACAAUACUAUAUUCGGAAAAUAUGAUGCACAGUUCUGCAAUAUUGGCGAAUUUAAUAGAUAAUGCAAUUUAUAUGUGGGUGGCGAAUAAUAGGGAACGAAUAUUGGAAACCAUAUAUGCACCAUUAGCUGUGCGAGAUGAUUCUGCGGGUUCGUUAAAGUUAACAUAUUUUGCAACUCUAAUACCAUUUGGCAUGUUUAUGUUGAUGUUUUAUUUUGCCAUGUUGCCAUUUAAGGAAAAUCGCAGUGGCUUUAAACGUUUGCAAACCAUGUCACCUUACAUUUACUGGGGAAGUAUUUUGAUAUGUGACGUGAUACUGUUGCUCUUGAUUUGUGUGGCUUUGUAUGGCUAUCAGGUGGCCAUAAUGCCCAAAGAGCUGUAUGAUUUAACAGAUCUAAGCAAUAUUACAAUUUCCAUUUUCUUCUAUGGUCUCACAUAUCUGCCCAUAAUAUAUUGUUUUGCAAAUAUGGUGACAACACUUUCAGCACUAUCCACCUGUUUGGCGGUAUUAUUUUAUAUAUCAUUUAUACCACCUUUCCUGGUCUCAUUUACCCUGGCUGAUAUGAUGAAAUUUAAAAACUAUAUACUAUUUUUACGUUUGCUGCCCGAUUUCAAUUUGUGCCAUCAGUUGCGCAUUAUCAAUGAACGUUUCGUUAAUACUCAUGCAGACCAUUUGCCCGAUCACAUACGCCAGGAAUUGAAUAGCAAACAAAUUUUAAAUUUGGGUAGUUUUUAUUUUUAUGUUUUCCUGGUAUUUCCUUUAAUGAUGUUUAUAUUUCUGUAUGUUGUGGAGAAUAAAACUCGUCGUCAAAUAUUUGGCAAUUCUUGCCAAAGAGCUAAAUUCAAUGGCAAGUCUGAACAAUGUCCCAUUGAAAAUGAGGAGGAUAGAUUUAUACAAGAAGAAAAAUCAAUUGUGGAGAAAAUUGUUAAAGAUAAUGGUGAAAAUGAAUUCCCUCUCGUCGUACACAACAUACACAAACAAUUCAAUCGUAAGAUGGCGGUGUGUGAUUUAAAUUUUGUCGUACGCAAAAAGGAAUGUUUUGGUUUGUUGGGCGUAAAUGGGGCCGGUAAGACGACCACCUUCGAAAUGAUAGCUGCAAAUCAGAUCCUGACAAAGGGAACAAUUAAAAUCGAUGGCGUUGACAUUCUGCUCAACGAACCGGAAUAUCGUUAUCGUUUUGGCUAUUGUCCCCAAAAUGAUUGUCUAAAUGAUUUUAUGACAGCAUAUCAAACAUUACGCUACAUGGCUUUAUUGCGUGGCAUACAAACGAAAUUUGUACACGAUGAGGUAAUGUAUUGGCUGGAGAAAUUAGAUUUGAGCAAAUAUGAAAAUGUACAGAUUAAACAUUAUUCGGGCGGCACGAAACGUAAAUUACAAACAGCAGCUGCUAUGAUUGGCAGUCCUUCGUUGGUGCUGUUAGAUGAACCCACCACGGGUGUGGAUCCCAUAUCAAGACGUUUUCUAUGGCAAUCAAUACAAGACUUUCAAAAACGUGACAAAACUUUAGUACUUACAUCACACAGCAUGGACGAGUGUGAACAUUUGUGCAAUCGUUUGGCCAUCAUGGCCGACGGCCAAUUCAAAUGUUUAGGCUAUGUACCAGAACUUAAACAGCUUUACGGUUCUGGUUUCACCAUCAGUAUUAAACUCCAUAGCUGCGAAGCUACCGACUCUGAUGUGGCGUACGUAACACAAAAGUUACAGCACUUUUUUACCCACUCUAAACUGCGUGAAAAUCAUGCUGGCAUUUUAACUUAUUUUAUCAAAUCAUUCGAUAUCAUACAAUGGUCUGAGGUAUUUUCGAAGUGUGAGACAUUUUUAAGCUCAACACUGGAUGUUGUCGAAGAGUACUCGGUAAAUGAAACGACAUUGGAGGAUAUUUUCCUAAAAUACGAUACGAAAAAUAAAAGACAUAAUAGUAGUGAUAACAAUAGCGAGCGAGCCUUAUCGAACGGAAAUGGUGGUGUUGGUAGUUCGCCAAGCAUUGAAGAAGUUUAGAUAUUAUUGGCUAGUGUCCGAACGGGGGCGUUGUGAAGAGGCUAAUUUAACUAACUUUCGAAGAAAGUAUGAUUUUAAGAAGUUGAAAUAUGCUUCUGUACAAAAAAGUUUUUUCGAACAAAUAAAAUUCUACACUAACAAAAUGUGUUAACAGUAGUAUACAAAUACAUAAAUAAUAAAAAUGUUUUUAUAAAUCAUUUAUUUUGUUCAUAUGCUUGCUAGUGUGUACUAUACUUACUUAUACCAUUUACAAUUGUAUUUCAAAAAUUACUAACCAAAGUAUAUUUCUGAAAUUUCCAAUUGAAUUUCAGAAGUUUCCAUUUGUAUUUCAUAAAUUUUAAUUUAGAAUUUUCUGAAAUAUAAUAGGAAUAUUCUGAAUUACAAUUAGAAAAUUCUGAAAUAUAAUUGGAAAAUUUCUGAAAUUCAAUUGGAAUCUUCUGAAUUUACAAUGGUGUAGUUAAACUAUCAGCAAAACGAACAGACUGCAAUUGUCAUAGAUAAAUACACAUAGAUCGGAAACUCUCCUGUCAAAAACCUAACAAAGUUGUCAAAAACCUAGUUUUUUUUAGUUUCCGCUCUAUGUUUCUCUAUCUAUGGUAACAGUUUUUAUAAAACAAAUGAUUGAAAUUCGAUUUACAAACUGCAGAACAUUUUCAUAAUCACAUUUAAAAUUUAUGAAAAAAAUUUCAUAAAUUUUGUAAAUUAUGAAUUUUUUGCAGUUAGAAAAAAAAAUUUAAAUGAAAUUCCGAAAAUUUCAGACAAAUUCCCAGAUACGGUUGUUGGCUGUGUUCAAGUAAAUGUGAGUUCGGUCGGACGCUAGCUAUUUUAAACUGAAUUAACAAAAUAACUAAACAUUGUUAUUACGAAACACCUUUGACUUAAACAUCAUUUACUAAACAAUUUAUAUGUAUAUUUAAAAACAUUACAGUUAACCUGAUAAUUUAAAAUUAAAAGUUAAUUGUAACUGUUUUCAUAAUGCAUAUUAUUUUCAUACUCUCAUUUUCAUACUAUUACACAUAAUUAUCUUUAUUUAUUUAUGUAUGAGGGAGUAACCCUUAUUCAUAACAAAUUUUUAAUUUUAUAAAAGGUUUAUAAAACAAACCUAACAAAAUUUGUUUUAUAAACCUUUGAUAAAUGUAAAAACUGUUUAUGAAUAUGGGGGAUAGUAUUUAAUUACCUAAAUUUAGUAUCAGGUAAGUGGUGGAAAUAAAUCGAUUUCAAAACAUGUAAGAGAAAUAUAUUCGGCUGUGCCGAAUCUUAUAUACCCUUCACCAAAUUAUACUUUAAAAAAUUAAUUUUAAAUAUCUUUAGGUAACAAAAUUAAAAAAAAAAUUUUUUUACAUAAAAUUUUUUUAAUCAAUAAUUUUAUUCAAAAUGUUUUAUUUAUUAGUGCAAAAUAUUUUAUGAAACAAAAAUUUUUUUUUGGUAAAAAAAAAAUUCGGUUUAAAAAAUAUUUUUCCUAAUUUUGACCCAUUGAUGGUCCGGCUUAUUAGCCAUUGCAAAGGUCUUUAAAAUAUAUAUCAUUAUAUUGUAUAUAUUUAUGACCUAUUUAUUUAAUAUAGAUCAAAAAUAGGUAAAAAAUGGAGGUUAUCCAGGUUUUUUCCUUGUAUCUCAGCCAUUUGUGGACCGAUUUUCUCGAUUUAAAUAGCAACCGAUCCGGGUCUAUGUAUGACACUGCUAUAAAUUUCAAUCCAUUUCAAAUAUGAUUGACAAAUAUAAAAUAAUUUAUGACAACUAUCGAAUAAUUUAAAAGGAACAAAUGUGAUACAAAUUGUUGGAAAAGUAUAAAAUUUAAAUUAUAUUAUAACCAGACACACAACAAACGAAAUAAAUUCGUCAAUAUGUUUUGAUUUCAAAUUGAUUUCCAUCACAUACCUGUUAUUUGUAAGUAUAAAUAUAUGUAUAUCAAUGUUAUAUGUUCUAUAUACUUUUGUAUAUAACAAAAAUAAAUUACAAAAGCAAAAACUUUAUUUCUGCAAAUAAAAUAUAAAAAUAAUCAUAAAA